UUGAUCCUCUGGCCAGUGCUAUUCGCAUUUUUUGCCAAAACGGCCAAAUCUGUCGACGAUGAAGCCGACAAAAUUUGGAAGUUCCAGAUGUACUCACUUGUCACGGAAUUUAGUCUCCGACCCCCGCUACCACCGCCACUUACUCCCCUAUUCUUCUUCUGUAUGGCCUGUUGUCGUGCUGGAGGUCAACUUGGCGGAAUGAUGUCAAGUUUACCGGAUCACCCAGAUGUAGAUCACAAAGAUCGAAAUCGUCAAGUGCUUAGUUCUAGAGGUCGAUCUACAGUAAGAUUCGGUUCGGUCUACCGUAAUCCUUCGGUGCCAGCGAAGAAAAAUGAGUUUGUAAACUCAUUUUGGCGACAGUUGAUGAUUGAACGUUGGAAGGAGGAGACUCGUCCGAAGCAGCAGAAUAUUUACGAAAAUGCGGAGGUGAAGACUGUGCAAAAACAAUUGCGAAUGCUUGCAUUGAAUAAUUCUUAUGCUGCAAGCGAGCAUAGAAGCAAAUAUGAGGUAAAGCCAUAA